CCUUGACUAUAUCAUUUCACAGAUGUAAACAUGCAGCAAUAUAUACACUCCUUCACUGGACUGCAUUUUGGUAUUGCCAUUAUGAAUUUCAUGUAUACAGUAAACUAAAGGAAAUAUAAAUUUCAACAUUGUCUGUAGCACAAACCACUUGCCUAAUGGUUGGUGUGUUGGACUCCAGAUCAAGUGGUCUGGGUUCAAACCAUGGCUGGGGUUACUUAUGUUCUUCAGGGCAAGACAUUACUCUCACAGUGCCUCUCUCCACCCAGGUGUAUAAAUGGGUACCGGUGAAAUUAAUUCUGGGGAGGAUCCCUGGAAUGGACUGGCAUCCGAUCUAGUGACUUUCCUCCUUACCUGACCACCUGCCCUUGGGUUCCUGAGGAUGUGUCUGACUGUGACCAAACCAAAAUAUUGACUUAAUGGUACCUAUUUCAUUUCAGGAAAAAAAAUAAUUUAUUGGAAAUAUGCAGUGGCUUGGUAGAACCCAGCUAUUCCAAAAAUUUGAUUUAGACAGGUUUUGACUCAGCUUAGGGCUUAGAGAACAUCAAUUUUCACUUACUACAGAGUCACUAGAAAUGUGAGUUGAUAAGUUCUUCAUGUCCCAACAUUGAGUUUAAUGCCAAUGAAACAAUUUCAUAUUUUCCACCAGGCGUCUAAAAUGAUUUUCCAAUCCCAGCCCAAAGCUACAAUAUUGGACAAUUUACAUGAAAAUUUAACACCACCCCUCCCCCCAUUUCAAUAAUGGAAAAAAAGGCGCGUUUUGGGUUUUAAUAGCAACAGUUCAUCAUUGAUUUGGGGGGAGGGGUGGUUUUACUUCUUAUUUCAUUCUCACCAUCGUAACUAGGCUCGAUUACCAGCUCUUCUCGGGGAGGAACAUAGACCGACUCGAGAAAGCGGUGGAAAUUGAGCCUACAUUGUAACCUGCGAACGCAGUGUUGUUAUUGUUUUUCUCGAAAAACCGGAUGCAAGCAGGCGCAGCGUACCGCGAGACUCACUCCCCGAGAGAAGUGUUGUGUGACGCGUGACGUCUGGAUCUAAUUUGUUGUUGAAACGCCGUGAAGGAACGCAUAAUUUUUAUAAAGAGAACUUUGUAGUUUUAAUGUACUCUUCUCUUGUUUUGAUGAACAAAUACAACGACUAGGGUUUUUUAAGAUUUUGUUGUAAACAAAGGACAAUGUACGAAGUGUUUGGUUCUGUGAUUGGCUAGUUGGUUGGUCCUAGUUUCCCCUUGGGAAACAAGAACACGUGAAAAACACACACCAAGGAUGUCUAGAUGUACGUCACAAAGGCAACAACGGGUAAGAGAAUCUCAAGUACGUGUUUGCCUUUUGAUGCAAGAACUGUUUACAGAAAUCUACACGUGGCGAACAACCUUAAAACACAGCAGGACACUGCGAACGGAAACAAUCAACAAUGGCGGAAAACUCCCCUCUGCUUGCAAUACCAACCCCAAGAGUUAGACAACCUUGUGAAGAGAUCGCUUUGGGGCCAUCGGGGCCAACUGUCGUACCGUUGGGAGAGAAGGCGCCUUUGACUCGGGGCGAACCUGAAGUUGGGAAGAGCUUUCUCGGAGUAAGCUUAUCAAGAAUGGCACUGUCCCGUAGUUUAAUGAGAUUACGUUCCGCGACAAUGACUAUGUCCUUGAUCGAAAAACCCUCCGACGAUCGCAGAGCUUCAGCGUUUCUCGCCGGUUGGAAUGUAACAAAUCUUAUCCAAGGCACGGGGAUUUUGGGCAUACCGUAUGCUGUGAAACUGGGAGGGUGGGCCGCUGUUGUGUCUAUUCUCAUUUGCGGUUACCUUUGUUGUUACACUGGCAAGUUGUUGAUCGAGUGUCUGUACGAAGACUCCAAGCGCACGGGUCAAAAGAAAAGAGUAAGGGUCAACUACCCGGAUGUUGGCGAAGCCUUUUGGCCCGGAUGGGGGAACAAGAUCGUCAGCAUUGUGCAGGUGUGCGAGAUGUCUGGAAUAGCGGUGACAUACAUUGUGCUAAUGGCCUCUAUCUUUCUUGACUUGUUUCACAACAGAACUUCCAUGAAUGUCUAUGAAUGGUCUGUGCUUGUGGGCUGUUUUGUCCUUCCUGGAAUCUUUAUCACUCGAGUGUCAGUAAUCGCCUGGAUCAGCAUGAUUUCAGUUUUCUCCCUGUUCUCCGCAGUCCUGACAAUCAUCAUCUAUUGUGUUACGCAGUACGACAAGAUGAGUGUCCACAACAUGCCAGGUUUCCAGUUGAACUCCUUCCUGGUUGGAUUUGGCAUCAUAGUGUUCAGCUUCACAGCACACGCCGUGUUCCCAGGGGUGGAAGGAAGCAUGCGAUAUCCUGAACAGUAUCCCAUGAUGUUGAAUGUUGCGUUUGCAAACUCGACAAUCACAAAACUGAUUCUGGGCCUUAUGGGUGUGUUUCGAUAUGGACAAGAGCUUAACCAGGCCAUAACCAUCAACAUCAAGACCAGUUCUGUCUUCUACAUUCUCUCCAACACCUUUGUGAUUGCCAAUGUCGUCCUUGCUUUUCCUCUUGUCAUGUUCGUAGUGUUGGAAACCUGGGACAACAAAAUGCUUCCUCAUUUUCCUCACCUGUCCAAAGAGUCAGGUUUCCAUUGGUUUUGGUUGAUUCUCACAAGGCCGUUGCUCCUUAUUUUUGGUGUCUUCCUGGCAAUCACUGUUCCUCAUUUUGGUCUGGUUAUGGGCCUGCUUGGCAGCCUAACAGGAACCAGCUUGUGUUUCAUAUUUCCUUGUGUUUUCCAUCUCAAGCUGAAGUGGAAGAAGCUUAACUGGUUCCAGGUAGUUUGCAGAGUUCUUGUCACAGUGUUUGGUAUUGGCUGUGGAAUCCUUGGAGUGGUAUUUUCUACUAUUGAACUGGUAAAUGCAUCGAAAGGGAACAUAUAAAUAAUGAUUGAAAACAUAU